AUGAAGAUACUUUCUCUUCUACCACUGGUAGUCUUCGUCGUUGAAGCCGGUGGCUACAGUCGAAAAGUGAUCAACGGAGAAUAUGUGAAGAAAGGUGAACAUCCAUGGGCCGUUUCCGUCUACGUCAGAUACUACAAUAAGAAGAACCAGUUCAAAACCCUUCUUGGACCCGGAACCAUGAUUUCUUCUCGUCACAUCGUCGCUUUCAAUUCCCUCUUCCGUUCUACUGAAAAUCUGAAUCUUCUCGGAAUGGAGGAUACUGGAAUCAAGGGAAUUUGCGAAGGAGACAAUCUCAUCUUGCCACAGGAACUUCUUCCCAGGUAUGACGCCGAUUUGGAGUAUCUGAACGAUAUGAAUGGGAAUCGCGAGUUCCGUAACACGAUUGCGAAAGCCACUGUAAUCAACGGAUGCAAAAAGCUUCUUCCUUCCAAUCCGAUGAUUCUCGAAUUGAUUGCUCCACUGGAGAACAGCACUGUGCCAGUGUGUAUUUCGAACUCUGCACGCAACUGGGAACGUGUUGGUGGAUUUUCGGUAUACGGGAUGGACAGACCUGGACGAUUAGUUAGUGGACGGUUCAGACCAAUUGAGUGCUCGGCUUCGGCUCCUUUCUCAUGUGCUGAGGCUUCUAACAAGUCUUCUCAAGGAUUAUGCCAGGGAAACUUCGGUGGAAGCGCCAUCGCUAAAAUGGGUCAUCGCCAUGUCAUGCUUGGAUUCUACGCCGGCGGAAACUCCGCAUGUAAAGCAAACACCGAAACCAUCCCUCCAUUCAAAUUCGUCAAUCUUGGACACUAUCGUCAGGAAUCUGCGAGACCACUGGAGUCUGUGUGCCACCAUCUGAAGAGGACGUCACUCCAGGACCAUAAACAGAAGCCCCAUCAACUACAGCUGCUCCAGAAGAAGAAGGCACCACAACUGCUGAGAAGAGUUCGUUUUACUGAUUCUCACGUACCACAUCAAGAUCUUUUCACAUUCAAACCCCCAACUGUCCCUUCCGUCGCUGAAGAAGAGAUCAACGCCGAAACUUUCGCUCCGUUGAUGAUCUCCAACAGUUCUUUGGGAGACGACGUCAUCAAGGCGGAGACGUUCGCGCCAAUGAAAAUUGGCGGUGGUGCAGAGGCGAUCAAGACGGAAAAGCUCGCUGCAAUGAGGAUUGGAGGUGAUGGAGAGGUCAUCAAGGCGGAGACGUUCGAGCCCAUGGAGAUUGAUCAUCGUGGAUCAACCAGAGCUGACCGCAUCCGAGACAUCCAUAUUCAUAUUCAUUUGAACAAGUGA